CGGGAGUUUCAGUUCUUCUUCUGCUCACUGUGGGACCUUGGGUGGUGGAGACGGGAGAUUCAGAGGGUUUGGGCACGGGUACGGCAGCAGGAGCCUCCACAACCUUGGAGGGUUCAGGAAUGUCUAUACUGGUGGAGGCUACGGAGGAGAAGGAGUAAGAUAUGGGAGAUGCCUUGGCUUUGGUGGCUGGAGACAACCUGAGAGAGGCUUUGGUGGAAGAGGAUAUUUCAUGGGAGGUUUUCAAAGUGGUAAAACAGGGCUUGGUGGCACCUACAGAGAAGGUUCAGGCAGAGAGGUACUCGGAGGAGGCCUUGGCAUAGGGCAACAAGGGGCUGGACAGGGACUGGGACAGGCUGGAGUUCUCCGAGGCAUUGAGGAGGUCCAUGUCAACACCAACCUGCUGAGGCCAAUACAGCUCCAGGUGGACCCUGAGUUCCAGCAAGCGUGCUCAGAUGAGAAGGAGCAGAUCAAAGCUCUCAACAACAAAUUUGCAUCAUUCAUUGAGAAGGUUCAAUGUCUGGAGCGGCAGAAUCAGGCACUCUUGGCCAAGUGGGAACUUCUGCAGCAGCAAAGCUCUGGCCCCGAGGAGAGCAGGAACAUCAACAACUUCUUCCAGUCCUACAUCACCAACCUGCAGCGGCAGCUUGAGACCCUCCAGAGCCAGAAGGAGCAGCUGGAUCCCGAAGCCUACAACAUGCUCCAGCUUGUUGAGGAUUAUAAAAACAGAUUUGAGGAUGAGAUCAACAAACGCACAUCCAAGGAGGAGGAAUUUGUGGAGCUUAAAAAGGAACUGGAUAGUGCCUACAUGGGAAAAAUGGAGUUUGAUGUCCGAGUGGAUAUCCUGAGGCAGGAGUUGGAGUUCCUCCGGUGUUUAUAUGAAGCUGAGCUCUCCCAGCUGCAAACGGUUGUUGGGAACGUGGACGUUAUUCUGUCCGUGGACAACCACAGGGACCUGAACAUGGAUGGAAUCAUCGAGGAGGUCAGGCAGGAGUACGAGGGGAUGGCCCACAGGAGCACAGCUGAAGUGGAUGCCAUGUACCGGGGCAGGUACCAGGACCUGCAGAACAUGUGGGUGAAUCAACGAGAGCAGCUGAGGAACAGUCACCUGGAAAUCCAGGAACUUGCCAGGCAGAUCCAAAGACUCCAACCAGAAAUUGAAAUCGCAAGGAAAAGGAAUUCCAGCCUCCAGGACUCCAUUAAAGAUGCUGAGCACCGUGGGAGCUCAGCUGUCAGGGACGGCCAGGAAAAGCUAGAGGAGCUGGAAAAUGCCCUCCACCAGGCCAAGGAUGACCUUUCUCAGCUUGUCCAUGAUUACCAGGAGCUCCUGAAUGUGAAGCUGGGCCUGGACAUUGAGAUAGCCAUGUAUCGAUCGCUCCUGGAAGAGGAGGAGAACAGGAUCCAGGAAGGAUCACCAGCCACGAUCUGUAUCAUUGACCACAAUGCCAGAGCUUCUGGAGUCUCUGGAGGCAUAAAAAGUGUGAAGGGGAGAAUGAGUUCUGGUGAUACCAGUGGGAGUAGAAUGAAAGGGCCAGUCUCUGGAGGGGGA